AUGGAUGGUUGGAUUCCUGAAAUGGCAGCUAGCAUAGAAGACAUGCUGAAGAUGUGGGAAGGAAAAAGAGCAGACAAAAGUGAGUUUGAAAUGGAUGUACACGAACAACUUCAACAGCUCUCAGCAGACAUCAUAUCUCGAACAGCAUUCGGCAGCAGUUACGAAGAAGGGAAUCGCAUUUUUCAGCUGCAAGAACAGCAAGUCGGCCUCGCCUUGCAAGCAUUCCGAAGUCUCUACAUCCCCGGAUUCAGGUUUCUGCCGACGAAGAAGAACAUGAUGAGAUGGAGACUAGACCAGGAAACUCGGGAAUCGAUCAGAAAAAUUAUUGGGAAGCAUGGAAAGAGCCAAGGGAACUCAAAAUCAUUGCUCACACUGAUGAUGUCUUCAUAUAAGAAUGAGGAUGGUGUAGAGGAGAAGCUAGAUAUUGAUGAAAUUAUCGAUGAAUGCAAAACUUUCUACUUUGCAGGGAAAGAAACAACAGCCAAGGUGCUUCUCCUUCUUGCAUCUCAUCAAGAAUGGCAGACCAUGGCAAGAGACGAAGUCAUUGCUACGUGCAGGGGCAACGCCCACCCUACUGCAGAAAAUAUAUCCGAUUUCAAAAUAUUGAGCAUGAUACUGAACGAGACCCUUCGGCUCUACCCUCCAGUAGUUGCACUAAAUAGGCAAGCAUCGGAAAAUGUUAAACUGGCAAGCCUCAACAUUCCUUCUGGCACGGAUAUGUACAUCGCCAUGACUGCUGUCCAUCAUGAUACUGAGAUCUGGGGGUACGACGCGAAUGAGUUCAAUCCUUUGAGAUUCUCUGAGGCACGAAAGCAUCCAACAUUGUACUAUCCUUUUGGUUUAGGCCAUAGGAUAUGUGUUGGGCAGAAUCUCGCCAUUGUUGAGGCCAAACUAGUCUUGGCCAUGAUCCUGCAACAUUAUUCUUUCGUGGUAUCGCCCUCGUAUCUACAUGCUCCUAUGCAGAGUAUGACCUUGCAGCCACAGCAUGGAGUCCAACUUAUUUUCAGCAGGAUUGCAUAGUAGUAGCUAGCUAUGCUUGAUGAUAUCCCUAUAUGUUGUUGUGCAUUAUUUGGAAUUCUUAUGAUCACUGCAGUUUGAAUGAUACUGUCGGCGAAACUACCUAUGAA